CAUAGGCCGGUGAAAACAAAAAACAAAAAAUAUAUGAGAAACGAAACAAUAAACGCUGUAAAUUGUACACAAACCGUCGAAAAGGAUUAAGGACAUUGUUGUAGCAGUGGGAGGGAGCUGGAAAUUGUCACCACCCCAUAUUUCGCACAUGGCCAAUUCAAAAGGUGUCGCGUGUACGGCUGUGAAAAAUCGACACAGUUUAUUUUAUUUAGUUUAAUAAGUGACUCACUGAAUUAAACGAAAUCAAAAUUUAAUGUGUACAAUAGUGCCUUUUUUGCCAAGUGUACAUUUAUGCAUUAAAAUUUAACGCACAACUUAUACAACAGUUAUGAGAUAAAGUAUAGAAGACUAGUUUACAAUUUUCUAAAACGGAAAUAAUUGAAUGACGCAAGAAAACAAUUAAAAGUUUUGGUCCGUCCAACUAAAAAGAUCUCCGAGGAAAGUUUUCGUUUAAGGUCGACAUUCCCUUCGCUCUGCACUUGUACUCAUAUUUCCAGUAAUCUUAGCUUUUCGCUUAAACUGCAAAUGCACUGCCAUAUCAUGGUCUAUGUUCGUAUUGUGCUUACAACGCUACUGACUAUCACCUGUCUUCUGGGAGAUAAUUUCGUCGAACUUACACAACAUCCGCUAUUAAAGGCAUUAGCCGAUAAUGCUACUCAUGCUAUAAUUGGUGCAUUAACCGGGAUCGCGUUCGCGGUUCAAUUCCACGAGCGCACCAGCAACUUGCUUGGAUGGUUUUUGAUUUUCUGUUGUUUUGCUGUAUCAUCUUUAAUCGAUUUAGACCAUUUUAUAGAAGCACGCUCAUUGUAUUUAGAGGAUGCGACUAAUUUACCACGUCGUCCUUUUCUACAUUGUUCGAGCAUAUUGUUUGUACUGCUCAUUUUCUAUAUAUGCACCGCAAGCCUCAACUAUUUUAAAACAUCAUUAACCUUCGGAGUAUUUCUUUGCGCUUUUAUUACUCAUCACACCCGUGACGCUGUGCGACGUGGUUAUUGGUUUUGCCCAGUAGGUCAUACCGGCCGUAUGCCGACUGUUGGCUAUAUUGUCUUCACAAUUUUGACACCAUAUUUGGUGGCCUAUUUACAUGGGAUUUGUCGUAGUGGACCAGUACAAUACUUCCUAGGACAGUAUAUAAAACUGAAUGACAAUUACCGAAUUGGUAGUGGCGGCUACCGCUACAUGAAUGUAUAAAUUUUUAUAUUUCCUAGUUAAUAACUAGUUGUUAAAUUUGUUGAGUAGUCCUAACAACGUAGCAAUUUAAUAUAAAACGUUAUGUCCCAAAGGAACAAAUACGAAGUGAUAGCACAACGCAAUUAAGCUUAUCUUAUGCAUCAAACUAAAGUAGUAGCAAUUACUAUUUAUUAGAAUUUCGUAGACACAAUAUCGAUUUAUAAAAUUUAUAGCAAACAUUGAGAAAAGCGAGAAUAGAGUAGAUCUAAGAAAUCUUUAAUACAACGUUUUCCAACAUAUUCAUUAACACAGUUAUAACUAUGGUUAAAUAAAACGCUCAUCUUCCAGUCAAACAUAAUUGACCAAAAUAACUAAUAGUAGUAGUAUUAAUAAAAAUAGUACAUGUAUCAUGUACUAUAAAAAUAAUUGCAUAGCUAUAGAUAUAAUGAAGUAACCAAUAAGGUGCUCAGAUUGUUAAAUAUUUUAAUACCUUCGCAUCAGAGCGGUUAUAAAUACGUAAUUAAUAUCCAUGUGAUAUUUUAGUCCUUACGAAAUACUUAAAUAUAUAAGUACACGCAAGUACAUUAAAUUUCAAAUAAGAUAUUUGUAUCAAAAAUGAAAAGGAAUUCCGAAAAGCUUAAGCGCUGAUUUCACUCACAAAAGACUACUAUACUAUACAAAUAUGACUUUUAUUAUAUAAUAGACCAAGUCUUUCACUGAUAAGAACGAAUUUUGUAAAAAUCCAAUUUUCAAUAACUAAAUACUUUUUCGCACUAUUAGAUAAAAUAUAUAGUGCAUUCGUUGCUAAUGCACAUCGUUUUAAAACUUUACAUACAUAUGCAUAUUUAGUAAGUCUUAAAAGUGGAAAUUGCUAGCUGCUAUAUUAUAUUCGAAAAAAUUUAAAUAUUUUUACUACAUAUACA